CAUGGAAUUAAAGUACUCUAUUAUAUCGUGAUUCCAGUAACACUAGUCUGUCCACGUUUCUCAAAUUUAUCGCCAGUAUUUGAUAAGUCGAAUUUAAAUUGUAAUAGUGAUCAAUGGCGGCUUCAAGCUUACAGAUGCAAAGCAUACAUUUCAAGUACAUUUUUUUGUUUUGUUAUGACAUUGACUUGGAUAAUGUCUACCGCUUCAUUAAUUAUCUAUUUUCAUACAAUUAAAGAAGAGGCAGCUAAUAAUAAUAAAGAAUUUGAGGAUAAUGAAAAUGUUUAA